AUGGAUAAUGAUGAUUCUCAAAUACUACAAGAAGAAGUACAGAUUGAUAAGGAUUCUGGGUUAAAAGCUAAUGAUGAUGAUGAUAACUUUAAAGCACCUACAUGUACACAACGGAAGUCAAAAAAAAAUAUUUUUAAAAAAGCUAAAAUUGAUAGCACGUUGGACAAUGCUGUAGAAACCCUGAAAUAUGUUUGUAAAAAACAAACAAAUGAAAAUGAGUUUACAGUUUUUGCGAAACAUAUAGCAACUCAACUGGAACAACUUCCUUUAAAAGAGGCUCUCAUGGCACAAUCAGAUAUCCAGAAUAUUUUGACAAGAGCUCGCAUUAGUUCAAUGAAUGAGAUAAAUGGGUCCACAAACCCAAUUGUAAUGACAGCUACAAAUACAACUGAGGGACAACUUAUACCUUCACCAUCUGAUAAUAGCAAUUCAAAUAUCUCAUAUUCAAGUAAUGAUUCUACAAAAGAUGAAUUUGAUGCAUCUUACUCUGAUUGUUUUACAACUUUAGAACCAGUACAUCAAAUAAACCAACAAUCAAAUUUAGCACUAUUUUAUAAUAAUUUUGAAAUUGAAUAA